UAACGCGAACGAAGGGGAAAGUUAUAUUGUCCGAACUGUUUCUGUCUAACUGGACUUGUAUUUAAUUGUUUUUCAGUCUUAUAAGAAACAAACUAAUUUCUGAGAAGACAUGGCGCUUACAGAUGCUGACGUACAGAAACAGAUCAAGCACAUGAUGGGCUUCAUCGAACAAGAGGCCAGUGAGAAAGCGGAGGAAAUUGAUGCUAAGGGAGAGGAAGAGUUCAACAUCGAGAAGGGUCGCCUGGUGCAGACUCAGAGGGUGAAGCUCAUGCAAUACUACGAGAAGAAGGACAAGCAGAUUGAGCAACAAAAGAAGAUCCAGAUGUCCAACCUCACAAACCAAGCCAGGCUGAAGGUGCUGAAGGACCGCGACGACAUGAUCACGGAUUUGUUAAAUGAGGCUCGUCAAAGACUUGGAGAGAUUGCCAAGGAGCCGGCCAGUUACUCCACCUUACUGGAGGGCCUGGUGCUUCAGGGUUUCUAUCUACUGCUGGAACCUAAAGUUACAAUUCGCUGCCGACAGAAGGAUGUGGAGAUGGUGCAGGCUGCAGUUAAUAAGAACAUCCCCAUCUACAAAGAGGCCGUGAAGAGCAACAUAGUCGUCCACAUCGACCAGGAGCGCUUUCUUCCGUCAGAGAUCUGCGGAGGGAUUGAAGUAUAUAAUGACAACAGGAAGAUCAAGGUUUCCAACACUUUGGAGAACAGGCUGGAGCUGAUGGCACAACAGAUGAUGCCUGAAAUCAGGAUGAACUUGUUUGGAGCCAAUCCAAACCGCAGGUUCAUGGAUUAACAGCGGAUUUGAAGAGCGGUGGAAUAUUUACUGUCUGAGGUGACCAAAGACCUUCAUCAUAGUGAGCAGACUGAGUCCGUACAAUAACCUACCAUUCACUUAAUGGGAUGCUACUGAUGUGUUAAUGUGUUGUUUAUAUUUGUGCACUAAUUUACUGCGUAAUAAUUCAACAAGUGCACUUUUUUUCACGUGUAAGUACCCUCUAUUUGACCUCUCCAGUUUAAAGGACUGCUUUAAAUCGCACUGGCAUUGCAAAAAAGUAUUCCUUCAGAAAUCUAUUGCUAUUUGAUUCUAGAUUAAUGUAAUCAAAGCUCCAUAUUUAGGUCACCAAAUAUACACAUAUUCCCUUCACAUGCCUAGUCUACAUUUUCGUAGAACACAGCCCAUAAUGUGGGUGAUUAUAUGGUAUGUUUGCCAAACAUCUCUUUUUUAUAACAGACUGCGUGUGGAUGUGGACCCCGAAAAGAUGUUUACCAUUGUUCUGAAGCACUUAACAUACGAAAACCAAAUGAAAAAAGAACAAAUAAAUGUGUGCGACACUGAGAAAUGA